AGAAAAUGGUGAGACAUCCGAUUGGUGAUGCUACCGAGUCGAGUCUUUUUGGCACACUUACCGCGGACGAGUUCUACACUCGUCACUCGGUAAGUCAUGGCUCCGAGUUCAUCACAAACCCUCAAGGACUCAAGCUCUUCACCCAAUGGUGGAUCCCAUUGCAACCCACAAACCUCAUCGGUUGUCUAGCCAUCAUACAUGGCUACACCGGUCAGACCAGCUGGGCGCUACAACUAACCGCGGUUCUAUUCGCCAAACAUGGUUUCGCCACAUGUGCCAUUGACCAUAGGGGCCACGGUUUCUCCGAAGGGCUCACAACUUACAUCCCCGACAUCAAUCUCCUUGUCGAGGAUUGCCUUACAUUCUUCGAUUCCUUCCGUAGACUCCACGUUCCAUCCCAUCUUCCCUCCUUUAUUUACGGAGAGUCCCUAGGUGGAGCCAUGGCUCUCCUCGUGGCCUUACGCCAACGUGGUGGCUUAAUCACUCGACCCUACGAUGGCAUUGUCUUUAAUUGCACCAUGUUUGGGAUAUGCAACAAGUACAAGCCACCGUGGCCGUUGGAACAUCUUCUCAAAAUUGUAGCAUUUUUUGUGCCGACAUGGAGGAUUGUGCCCACGCGUUAUUCGAUUGUGGACGUGUCUGUGAAAGUCGGGUGGAAAAAGAAGUUGUGUCUGGCUAACCCGACUCAAAACGUGGAGAGACCACGGGCAGGUACUGCAAGGGAGAUAGUUAGGUUAGCCGAAGAGAUCAAGACAAAGUUUGAAGAGGUUGAGUUGCCAUUCCUCGUGGUUCAUGGAGGCGAGGACCUUAUUUGUGAUCCGGAUGCGGCUGAGGAGUUUUAUCGACGAGCAUCGAGUGUGGACAAGACCUUGAAAAUGUACUCGGGAUUGUGGCAUCAGAUGGUCGGCGAGGAGGAGAAGGACGUAAACUUAGUAUUUGGAGAUAUUGUUGAUUGGUUAGUGACUAGAGCCAAUAAUAGUGUCGCUAAAGAACUUUAG